UCAGUCGCACCUGCCUGCCAGAACGCUUUCGCGAAUGGUCUUCACAGCCAUGCUGUCGCUCUCUUCUUCUUUUUCCUUGUACAAUUGAAUGAAAUAUAUCCAUCACUCAGCGCCCCUGUAACUCUAUCUUACCAGUCUCGUAAAUCAGAAGCUCGCCAUGUCCCUCACGCUCAAGAUCACAUCCCUCGCAGUGAGAACAUUGGCAAAGCCAAUGGCCAAUGCCAUCAAACGCAACGCUCAUGAGCACGAACGUUUUCGGAAAAUAUGUGUCUCAUUCGCACAACGGCUUCAUCGCAUCGACAUGAGAAUGCGUCUCGGACUACUGCAGGAUCCCGCCGUCAUUGAUAGACAAAUCGCGAAGGAGGUUGCCGCGGCGGAAGCGGCAAGGAAGAAAGACGCAAUACCUACAGUGAAGACCGAGGAAGAGACAAAAGCCGAAGAAGCUAUGACUGAGAAAGAGAAAGAGGCGGCGAGGAAGAGAUUAGAAUCACGCAAACCGCGUAUCAGGCCACUUUCCGAGGCGAAGGCCAUUGAGACAGGCGCAAACUUUGUUGCGGAAACAUUCAUAUUCGCAGUUGCGGUCAGCGUCAUCGUAUUCGAGCAAUGGCGACAGCGGCGGAAGGCGCAAAACCAGCGCGACGAUAUCAGAGAAGAUCUAGAGGAGAUACAGAAAGACUUGAAGGGACUCAAGGCGGAAUUAGAAGAGUUGAAGGCUCAACAUGCACCCCACUCAGCAUCUGAGAAACUUUUAGGUUUCUGGAAAGGAAAAUCGGAACCGUCUAAGCUGGAUGAGAGGAAGACCGACAGUCAGAAACAAGAAGCGACUGCACAGCAGGCAAACGUCAGCAAUCCAAAAACCGCUAGUCCAUCACCCCGGGAGCAGUGAUGUGGAGAAGACAGUACAACAGGCCAAGCUCUUCCUCCAUCAUCGCCGAAGACGUCUCCGUUCCGCAAUUUAAGAUAGAUCCCUACUCCGCCCAUGAUACCCAUUACGGCCAUGAUCCCUUCAUUGUACAACACUUUUGUAAAUACAGGUAGAUAUGUAAGUAAGCGCAUAGACAGCACAG